UGUUGCAGUCACACACAGUCGUCAGUGCGCGAGGAGAAGAAGGCAAGGUUUGCUGCGAUAAUUUUUUCCUCCAACACAAUUCGUCGACGGACAAUUUGGAACGGAACUUUUUUUUGUUUCUAAUUGGCCGUGGCCAAACGGAACGCAACGGACCUAGGCCAGGUGUUUCGCGCUCGCGGCGAGAUCGGAAGUAGCGCGACUUGGUCGUGGCUUGGAGUGUGUGAAGUGGCUCGGAAACAGGAAACCCCCGUCUUCGUCACGUCUAUCGAUUUUGGCUGGUUGGCAGCUGCUCUGCUGGAAAAAUUCCUCUGAGCUGGUGAAACGUCAUAUGACAGCAGCAAAAAGUUGGAUCUAAUUUGCGCACAGUAUCGUUCAAGGUCACCUGCACGAAGACGACCAUGUCUAGCCAAAUUCCGCCGCUUGUUUGUCACACUCCGCCCCCGGAUUUCGGGGAUGAGGAGGACGACCUGCCGGACGAUGAUGACGAGCAGGACGAGUUUGAUGAUUACGGAUCGACGGGGCUGCCCGCGGUGGCCAGUACGUCCAACCUGCCGACGCCCAUUCCUCCGGCCUUUUCCGACUGCGAAUCGGCUCCGGUAACGCCCGCAAAAGUGCCAGCACCGCGGUUAGAGUACGUUCCGGAUGAUGACGAGGGUGAGGAGGUCGGCAAUGACAGUCACAGCUUGGAUCUUCCGGUGGUGGUUACGGCGACGGUGACGGCAGCAGCACCAACAGCUACGCCCAGGAUGGAAAGUCCGCCGUCGUUGAUCCUAUCGCAGCACAACUUUUCCGAGAAUGAUCUGCCGAGCGAGGACGACCAGGAUGACGACGAGGAGUUCCAGGACUUUGCCUUCCACCCGCACGUGGCACCGGAAGAGGACGCCGCGCCGACCGGUGCCGAGGACAACCUAAGCAUUCCGUCGCUGCACCUGGACACCGAGCUGUCCAAAUCCACCACGCCGGUGCAGCUGUCUGAAAACGAGGCCAGCGAGCGGAACCUCUCACCGCAGGAGGACCCCGCCGAGCAUCCGCAAAUCGAAGACGACGACGACGACGAGGACGUUCCGGCCGAACUGACCACGCCGGUCGUGGCGGAAGAGCUGGGCUGUCGGUUCGACGACAACACCGAGAACGAUUUCACCGACUUUACGACGGCGUCGAACGACGCGCGGUCCUCGGCGGUGCUGGAGAUCCCAACGGCCAACGAUGUGUCGUUCGACGAUGACUUUGCUCAGCUGGAGUCGACGCCGUCGGCGGACAGCAACUUUGUGUCCGGGAGUCGAACGACGGACUUUGCCACGUUCGACGCGGAUUUCAGCAAGUUUGACUCAUUCCAGGCGUCGUUUCCGGCCACGUUCGACGAACCGGUGGCGGCCGCGGCUACCGCGGUUGUCGUCAAAGAGGAAACGAUCGCCGCGGAAGAUCCCGCUCAGGAUGAUUUCGAUGAUUUCCAGGAGUUUGCCAAAUUUCCCACCGGUGCUAGCGCCGGUGUCGCUCAACCAACUGCCACGGAGGAAGCUCCCGUUGAAGAUGCGGAUGACGACGAUUUCGGCGAGUUCAGCGACUUUAAGCAGUCGGAAGUGAUGGCUACGCCGGUGGUCGCUGCUCCGGCCGUAAGCAUUCCAACGUCACGAUCGGCACUGUUUCGAUCGGACAGCAUUUUGGCCGUCAUUACCGGGAUGUUCCCGUCGGUGGCGACUCCGGAGGAGGAGCAGAGUGAUACCGGACAGAAGGAUGGCGGAGGAGGACCUGCUUUGGAAGAGGACAAAGUCUGUCGCGAGCUGCGGGAUAUGGACUCGACGCAGGCGCUGAGCUACCUGUACAACAGCUCGGAGAGCAACAAGGCCUUGGUGAGGGCGCUCGGGAUCGACUCCAGGAAUAUCCUCUUUGGUCCCAAAUGGAACAGCUCAAUGCCGCGUUUCGCAGCGAAUCUCAGCUUUAGCCCGCUGGAACCGAUCAAGCCAACGUCACAGGCUCCGCCGGGUUCCAGCGCUCCUCCACCAACGAUCGCUGCCGCAAGCAACAUCAGCAACAGCAAUGCCUCCGUAAUCCCGAUGACCGGCAAGCAGGAAGCGGCCACCGUCCGACACCACGCGUUCGGGCUGGACCCGCUGCAGCCGCCCAUCAGUUCGGGCGCUGUGCCGGGAACCGUUCCGGCCGUGCAGUUCGACUGGAACAGCUCGGGGCUGGUGAACCCGCUCGAAGCAUCACACGCACACACAUUAUUAUUGGACCUAGAACAGCUAGAGGUGAUGGCUAAUCUAAAAGAUAAAAUAAAUAUUGAUUCCUCCUCCUCCUCAUGUAACGCUAAAAUUGUGCAAACGUUACCGCCAUUAACCUCCUCGACAAUAACGAACGCAACGAUGGCUAUCAACAACAACUACAACAACACUUGCAAUGCUACCAACUACCCUACCAAUACCACUACUACCACCACAAACCAAAAUGGCGACCGGUCUCUGUUGGAUGAAAUGAACUUGUUUUGCACUACUACCAAAACCAAUACCGAUACUACCACGCCCAAUCCGCCAUUACCGCUCAAACCCACCACCACCUCCUAUUGCUACCACCAAUCCUUUGUGUUUGCUACCAACACCACAACCACCACCUCUUCAUCGCCAUCUACACAACAACAAAACGAACUAACAACAACAACAAUGGUAACGGCUUUGGCCACGGUACCGCCGGUGGCCGUUGGUGGCGGACCAUUCAUCACCACUAACAACUACUCCAACUCGAACAACAACAACCUGCAACAAUCGUUUGAUGAUUAUUUGGAUCUUAGUGUACAAGAGAUCCUCCAAGAGGGUAACAGCGGCCAACAGCAGCAACAGCCCGACAAGAAUGGGCCAAAGGGCCAAGUUCUGGAUCCGAAAGUCGCAGAAGACGCAGGCCCGACUGCUGCAGAUGAAGUAGAGGUGGGACCUCCGGAGGAGGUCGUCGUAGACGAAGACGGUGAGGAGGACGACUUUGAGUUUGUCGCAGCAGUUAGUAGCAGUAGCAGUAGUAGCGUAGUGGAUCCACCAGCGUCAAUUCCUUCCGUGGUGCGGACAAUCAAGCUGCCGGAGACACACAUCUUUACGCCGAGCAAGGGAGUUAGUCCGGUGUCGCGGGAUUCGACGGAUCGGAUGGGGCCGGAGGUGCGGGAGUACCACGACGUGGAGUACAGUUUGGAGAAGACGACCGGUUCGAGGGCUGGGGUGGAGAAGGUGGUGGACGAGGAGGAGUUUAGCGAAUUUCAGGCUGUGAAGAGUGAGGGAGGGCACUUGGCGAUCGGGAGUGAGUUCAACUUCCAGCGGGAGGGGAAGGAGAAGGUUAGCAGCUAUUCGAAGCCGGUGUUUGGGCGGUCGCCGACGGAGGAGUUGGAGCAGAUGGACGAUGAGUUUAGUGAUUUUCAGGCAGCGGUUCCGGCGCCGCAAGUCGUGAACAAGCCGUUGAGCCAGGUUCAGGACCAGCAGGUCAACCGAUCCGCGACCAGUUCUCCGCUGUUGUUGAGUCCGUCGAUCUUGUUGCCGCAGCAGGCGCAACCGGCGCAGUCGUCCUUCAACUCGAACCGCAUUACGCAGAUCAACUGGCCCGAUCCGGGCGUUGACGCCGACGAGCUGGCCCGGUUCGAGGCCGCGUUCCCCACGCCAAAGGUCUCCUCGGUUCCGACGAUCUCGUCCAACCAUUCUUCACCAAAGCAUUCCCAGUCGGCGUCGGCGAGUUCCGCCGCAGCUCCGCAGGAUGACGACGAGUGGACCGACUUUGUCUACUCGAAACCCGCCCCGGAGAGGCCCUCCCCGACCAACAGCAGCAAAUCCAGCGGCCAGCAGGAGGAAUGGACCGACUUCAUCUACAGUACCCCGCCGUCCCAGCAGAGUCUAUCGUCUAGUCAGAACAAGUUCAACUUCCAGAACUCGUUCGCGAGCGGGCCCAAGUUCAGCUCCUGGAACUCGCCCCAACUCCCGCCACCCCAGUUCAACUCCUGGAACAGCAACAGCAGCAGCGCCACCCCCCACUACUACGGUCAACCCCCGAAAGUGCCAACAUUCCCUCCAACUUCAGCGUCUUCAGCACAUCCUCCCCCAUCCCAGCAACGCCUCCCAGAGCUGUCCUUCAUCACGCCGAACUCGACGCCGUCGGCGAUGCCCACCGCCGGAACGAAGCCGAUGACCCACUCGUUCCUCAGCAACGUCAUAUCGAGCAGCAGCUUCACGAAGAAAUGAUUAUUGCUGUACGGGAGUGGCGAGACCACUGGAGGAGGAGGAGGAGGAUUGCGGCGCGCCCGAAACGUGGAGGAACCGGCAAAGCAGCGAUCCGGACGGGUCACCCUAGCCGGGGUCACCGUUGGGGACGUUAUCAUGUAAAUAGCGAGCGAGUUUCCCGGGCAAAUGCAUCACAAAAAUUUGCGAACAAGAGAUGUGCUAAUAUAUGUAUGCAAAGAUUGUAUAUUUAGGCGAAAUUUCCUGUAAACAGCUAGUGAAGAAAAAAAAGACAUCCACUAAAAUUUAAUUUGUUAGUGAAAAGUAAAAUGUGAUUUUUUUGAUUCCACCGUGAAAUUUAAUUGCGAUUUGUUCAUCUUUUAAAUGUUUUCUUCUCACAAACAACUGUAGCUGGACUGCGCCCCCCUUAACUAUUGUAUUAGUUUAUGUACUUAAACAAAAAUCAAUUUCUUUCCUCGUGUCGGCGUACCUACUUAUCUAAAUAAAAUUAGGGAAAAACAAUUACCAAUUUGUUUUUCGAAAAAGAGAAAAUAGUUCGAAAAUAGCAAGCAAAUUACCGAGCGUAGAGUUAUGUGUAUAGAGAUCUAGCAGCAGCAGUUAAGGCAGGAAAAUGAGUAAUUAAUUAGCGGUUAUAUUUAACAAAACAAAUAUUUAUGUGUAAACGCGUGGCGCUUUGCUAGUUUGAAUGCAAGCAGAUUACACACAACACACACAUUUUUAAUCAAGUAUAAAAAAUGGGGUAAAAUAUUAUUUAUUUAGCGAAAAAUACACAGGAACAUUAAACUUUAA